GUUAAAAGGAAGAGAAAUGACGUGCCGGAGGAGAAACCAGGUCACAUGAGAAACGUGUAUAUGAUCUCAGCUCUUAUCUCACAUCAGAGACCGGAGGAACCGGUCCGACCUGUGACAUCACCCAGGUCAGGUGACAUUCACCAAUCAGGUGACUCAGCAGAGUUCAUAAAAUCUCAUGUAAAAACAGAAAUCAUCCAGUUGAAGCCUGAUGAUGUAACAUAGGUCAGGGGUCAGCUCCAGCUGAGCUUCACACAUGAUGAUGAUGAUGAUGAUGAUGAUGAUGAUGACAUCACUCGGUCCUGACUGUGUGUAGCAGCUGUGGAGGCCGCUCUCGCCUCUAAGCCUCUUACAUUAAUGCACCUGCUGCUGAGUCGACACCUCAAUCCAGCAGGACGCGUCCCACUCCUCCACUGACCCUCACACCAGGAUCGCGAGCGGCGGCAGUCCAGAUGCUGAGUGGGGACCUGGUGGCGUCGUGGGAAGUGGCGCUGAGCGACGGCGUCCACAGGAUCGAGUUUGCUCAUGGCACCACCACCGGGAAACGAGUCGUCUACGUCAACGGACAGGAAGUGGUCAGAAGAGACUGGCUGUUCAAACUGGUGGGGAAGGAAACCUUCGCGUUGGGCGGAGCCAAAACAAAAGCCACGAUAAACAUCGAGGCGGUGAGCGGCUUCGCCUACGAGUACUCGCUGGAGGUGGACGGCAAGAGCCUGCAGAUGUUCACCGACAACCGAGCCAAGAGCACGGAGACGUGGCUGCUGCGGGUGGACGGCGAGGACCGCAGGGUGGUGCUGGAAAAGGACACAAUGGACGUUUGGUGCAAUGGACAGAAAAUGGAAACGACGGGAGAGUUUGUGGACGACGGCAGCGAGACGAGCUUCACUCUGGGGGAACACGAGUGUUGCAUCAAGGCCACGAUCAGCGGGAGGAAGAAGAGCGGCGUCCUCCACCACUUCCUGUUGGACGGAGAGAAGAUCCCACAGAGCCAUAGCUGA